AUGGUUAAAGGAAAGGUGUGUUCACUCAUCAUUGAUGGAGGAAGUUGUACAAAUGUAUCUAGUAAACGGCUAGUGGAAAAGUUUGGUUUGGUGACAUCUAUGCACCCUAGUCCUUAUACUUUGCAAUGGUUGAGUGAGGAUGGAGAAUUGGUGGUAGAGAAGCAGGUGAACAUUGCUUUCUCUAUCGGUAAAUAUGUCGAUGAGGGGCAGAAGGUGUCCCGAACACCUUUAUCUCCUAGAGAAGUUUGUGAGGAUCAAAUUAAGAUGAGAGUGAGAAGAGAGCAAGAGAGAAAAGGAGGAAGAGAGAAAAUUCCAGAAAAAGACAAGAAAAAGGAAGCUUAUUUGUCUUUUAGUAUGACACAACUUCUCAAAAAGUAUGAUGAUGUCUUUCCUAAAGACAUCCCUCAUGGUUUACCUCCUAAAAGGAGUACUGAGUAUAAUAUGGAUCUCAUUCAGGGUGCAUCCCUUCCUAAUAGGCUAACCUAUAGGAGUAACACAGAAGAAACUAAAGAGAUACAGAAGCAUGAGGCGCAACUUAUGGACAAAGGAUCGAUUCAGGAAAGUUUGAGUCCCUGUGCUAUUCUAGUCAUUCCGGUACCUAUGAAAGAUAGAUUGGGGUCGAUGUGCAAUACCUGCAGGGCCAUCAAAUAUAUCAUUAUAAGUUGCGUAUUUGACCCGGGAGGACCUUUCAAAAUUCGGGUCGAAUUCUUUCCAAACAGGGGAGAAUGA